CCCACGAGCCCCUUCACUUUUUGCUCCCCUCCUCCCCACUGCAAGAGGCCGUGCUCCUCCCUCCCUUCUCUGGUCGCCGGCCGCCCCAAAUCUCAGAUUAGAUCGAUGUGCCCCUGUGGCUCCGCGGAAGGGCCGUCCCAUGGGGGUACGGCGCUCGGCGAACGAGGCCGGGGGACUGGCGCGGUGGUGCUGGUCCAGCGGUGCCGCCGCGCGGACGGCAAGCUGGAGCGCGCGGAGCGACCCGUGGCGCGGGCGGCGGCGGCCGCCGCCGCCGCGGCGGAGAGCGAGAGCACGCCGACCCCCUUGGCGCUCGACGCCCAGGAGCAGCACCGCACGCCGGCGGCCAGUGCCGGUCGGGUCUCGCGAGACUUCAUCUGGGCCGUCCGCCAGACUUCAUCUGGGCCGUCCGAGCAUAACGGCAGGUAAUGCCGUCCGUCCGAUCAGAGCUCUCGUACUCGUCGACCGUCUAUAUAAGCCGCCGACUUCCAAUUUUCAUUGCAGCAAUAGGACCAGACAGACGGAAACAGAACAAUGGAGCGCGCUUCUUCUUCGGCGUGCUCCUCCUCCUCCGGCUCCUCCUCUGCGCUCUUCGACGGCUGGUUCCCGUCCAACCUAAAGGGAGAGCCCAUGAAUCUCUCCAUCCGCGGCCUCACUUACCACGCCCACGUGAAAGUUGUGGACCAGGAAGAACCGCUUUGGAGCACGGUCCACUUCAAGACAGCCAAGAAGUCCCCAACUCGCUUCUCCGUCGGCGACCUGGCGAAGCUCGAGAGCAGGAACCGCCGUUGCUGGUCCGGCGACGUCACCGUCAUCGAGGACGACGUAACUCAACUCUGGACAAUCCUACAGAUUCGUGUGCCAUCUGCAAGAGAAAGCAAGUUUUUGCUGAAAUCAGCCAACAAUGUUCUUGUCAUGGUUAAUCCUGUGGGUAAUCUGUCUGGAUUUUCUAGUCGAAAUGAGUUGAGAGAUUCUACCAAAGAUCCUAGUAAAGAAAGUGAAGCAAAAAGGAUCAGAGUUGGUAUAAAUGGAUUUUCCCAAGUUGGUCGGAUUCUUGUCGAAAUGGGACUGCAGAGCAUUGAUGUACAAGUUGUUGCUAUCAAUGACCCUUCAAUCACUCUUGAUCAUAUGGUCAAAAUUUGGAAAAGUACAAACAUAGGUAUUGCAAAGAAAGAUCAUCAGACAUUGGUCUUUGAGAAAAGGUAUUAUAAAAAAGACAAGAGUGUGAAGGAGGGUGAGAAAAUUAAGAUCAAUGUUCUGUUGGAACAGAUGGAAGUCACUGUUUUCAGGGAACAAAAUCAAGUUCCUUGGGAACAAGUGAAUGCUGAUUUCGUGGUGGAGUACAGUGUUAAGGCUCAGAUCUCUGACAAGAAUGAAAACUGGAACAGUUGCCUAAGAUGCCUUCCCAUGGAAAUCAUAUCUUUUGGAUUACAUGUGGAUGAAGCAAUCAGUAGACUUCACUUCAGCACAGAUAAUAGGGAGAGUGCAAAACGGGCUGCUACCUUUUCUAUUGUUACCAGAAGCACAGUUGCAGCUAAGGCUGUCUGCAAUGUCUUCAAGGAAUGGGAUGAACAACCCACAAGCUUGCUUUUUCAUGCAAAUGCUGUUGUUGAUAGACCGGUUCAUGUUGAUGAUUCAAGUGUUGAUCUCAAAGUCACGUUAGAGAAGGCUGAAGGCUGCAGUGGCACUAACAGUAUUGCUACCAGGUUCUGUGCUGAUGAUAUGGAUGGCGCGCAUCGACUCAGAGGAAUCUUUAGCUGGUGUGUGGAUAUUGUCCGCUGCGUGCCGGUGGGAGGCUGUCGACUGGAGUUAGUCUGAGAACUUUGCAACUUGAAGCUGUGUCUGCACCUCGGACCUGUUUGCUCCAAUGACAGGCAGUCUGUCAAGAAACAGUUGCUGUUGGUGCAGUGUAGAGAUUAGUGGAUUGACUCGAAUAUCUUUGUAGUUGUGCCCCGGUAACCCUUGUAGUGUUUCUGAAUUCUGAUACUAUGUUGGUGCCGAUUCAGUAUAGGGAUUGACACGUUCUGUCCCUUAUUGGGAUCCCUUCUGUAACUGUAAAUGUCAAAUUUGCCUUUUGUCCUGCAAUGCCAGGAGCUAUGUCACAUUGAUGCCAAAUAGUUUUUGUAUAGUUGAAUGAUAAA